AUGGUGGAGCGACAUACUUGUGUUAGGAAUUUCCGUAGUGCAAAUCUUAUGGAUCUCACAUGGAUAGCUAGGCAGUUUCUGAAGGAGAUGGUUAGGAAACCAAAUAUGAAAUGUAAGGAAAUGCAAGCAAUUAUUCAAAGCAGAUUCCAUUGCAAGGAUGUGCCUUUUAAGAAUCAACAUGUAGCAAAAUCUCAGCCAAUCCCAAAUGGAGUUAAUAGAGUUGAUGAAAAACAGGAGGAGAAUGAUGAUGAAGAUGGAGUUGAUGAAACACAAGAGGAUAAUGAUGAAGAUAGAGUUGAUGAAACACAUGAGGAUAAUGAUGAAGAUAGAGUUGAUGGAAUUGAUGAAACACAGGAGGAUGAUGAUGAUGAAGAUGGAGUUGAUGAUACUCAAUUUAGGGUUAGAGUUAGAACUAGAAAAUCUACUUUUGAAGUUUUGCCACAAAGCUAUUUAGUUUUGGAGUUUUCCACAUAG